AUGUGGGUGUCGCUGCUGCUACUGGCUGCGCUGCUGCUGGUCAUCCUCAGCAAAGUUUACAAGGGGCUGUUCUCAGGCAGCUCCCCGAACCCCUUCUUGGAGGAUGUCAAACGGCCACCCGCACCUCUGGUGACCGACAAGGAGGCCAGGAAGAAGGUUCUCAAGCAAGCUUUUUCAGUCAGCCGAGUGCCAGAGAAGCUGGAUGUGGUGGUGAUUGGCAGUGGCUUUGGGGGCUUGGCGGCAGCUGCAAUCCUAGCCAAAACUGGCAAGCGAGUUCUCGUUCUGGAACAACAUACCAAGGCAGGAGGCUGUUGUCAUACCUUUGGAAAGAAUGGCCUUGAAUUUGACACGGGAAUCCAUUAUGUCGGGCGUAUGCAGGAAGGCAGCUCUGAGCGUUUUAUCUUGGACCAGAUCACUGAGGGGCAGCUAGACUGGGUUGCCUUGUCCUCUCCCUUUGACACCAUGGUACUAGAAGGGCCUGAUGGCCGAAAAGAGUUUCCCAUGUACGCGGGGAGGAAAGCCUACAUUCAGGGCCUCAAGGACAAGUUUCCCCAGGAAGAAGCUGCCAUUGACAAGUAUAUGAAGCUAGUUAAGGUGGUAACCCGUGGAGUCACUCAUGGUAUCCUGCUGAAGAUCCUCCCGCUGCCCGUGGCUCAGCUCCUCACCAAGUAUGGGCUGCUCACCCGCUUCUCUCCGUUCCUUCGUGCGUCCACCCAGAGCCUGGCUGAGGUCUUGCGGCAGCUCCCCGCCUCUCCAGAGCUCCAGGCCGUGCUCAGCUACAUCUUCCCCACUUACGGUGUGACCCCCAGCCACACCACCUUUUCCAUGCAUGCUCUGCUGGUUGACCACUUCUUAAAAGGGGCCUUUUAUCCCCGAGGGGGCUCCAGUGAGAUUGCCUUCCACACCAUCCCUGUGAUUCAGCGGGCCGGGGGCGCUGUCCUCACAAGGGCCCCUGUGCACAGCAUCCUGCUCGACUCAGCUGGGAAAGCCUGUGGUGUCACUGUGAAGAAGGGUGAGGACCUGGUGAACAUCUAUUGCCCCAUCGUGAUCUCCGAUGCGGGACUGUUCAACACCUAUGAGCGGUUGUUGCCAGAGCAGGCCCGCUGUCUGCCAGGUGUGAAGCGGCAGCUGGGGAUGGUUCGGCCCGGCCUGAGCAUGGUCUCUGUCUUCAUCUGCCUCCGAGGCACCAAGAAGGACCUGGGGCUGCCGACCACCAACUACUAUAUUUAUUUUGACAAAGACAUGGACAAAGCGAUGGAGCACUAUGUCUCUCUGCCUGGGGACAAGGCCGCCGCACACAUGCCUAUUUUCUUCAUUUCCUUCCCAUCGACCAAGGACUCAACUUGGGAGGACCGGUACCCAGACCGGUCGACAGCGAUCGUGCUAGCGCCCGCCUCAUAUGAGUGGUUCAAGGAGUGGCAGGACGAGCCCCAGGGAAAGCGGAGCAGUGCCUACGAGACCCUCAAGAGCUCCUUUGUUGAAGCCGCUAUGUUGGUCUUCCUGAAGCAGUUCCCACAUCUGGAGGAGAAGGUGGACAGUGUGACUGGAGGGUCCCCGCUGAGCAAUCAGUUCUACCUGGCGGCUCCCCAGGGGGCCUGCUAUGGGGCUGACCAUGACCUGGGCCGCCUGCAUCCUGGUGUGAUGGCCUCCAUGAGGGCCCAGAGCCCCAUCCCGAACCUUUACUUGACAGGCCAAGAUAUUGUUACCUGUGGGUUGGUUGGAGCCCUGCAAGGGGCCUUGCUGUGCAGCAGUGCCAUCCUGAAGCGGAACGUGUACUCAGACCUUCAGAAGCUCGGCUUGUGGAUCCAGGCACAGAAGAAAAAGAAUUAG